CCACCUGUGUACCUUUCCAAAUUUUCCUAAAGUUCCUGCUUUCUCAUAAAAAUGAUUUCCAUUGGUGGAGAUAUGGUGACUAAUUAACUUUAAUUUAUUUCACUAACAGAGGACAUUUAAGGAAAAAUGGGAGAAGUGUGAAAGUACUACAUUUGUCUGUUAAAAUAUUAACUUUCUGAAAAUAGGAAACGUGUCCUCUUAAGUUUUUUAACACAUAAUCAUGUAUAAACAGGCAAGCAGAUUUUUUGAUCGCAGGCAAGUGAAAUUUAAUUAUUACUCUACAUUGAGAGUAGCUAUUACCAGUGUUAGGAAGAAAUUGUAAUUCUACAGUAAGAGAAAAUAUUUCUCUAAUAAAUAUACUUUAAUGCAAUAAAUAUUCACUGAAGUUCUGUUAAGGUCUUCCAUGUUAUCAAGUCAGAAUUUGCCCUUCUUCAUUUUCCAGUCUCAUGCCAGCACUAUUCUCUGAAGAUGCUUGUAAGACACAUCUUCAUGAAUUUGAAGAUGACUUCAAGUGUGCCUCACAACAUUCAGAGUCUUCACCUCGAUUGUCUUCUGGAACCCUUCAUUUCUGUCAGUGUUUCUCCUAAAUUGUGACACCCAGAAGUAAACAUCUCUCAUUCUCAUAGUCUAUCCAGUAGACACUGCUACAGAUAACAUAGGACAAGAGUUGUUGUCUGCCCUAUCAUCCCUAUGCUGAACUUAAUUUUUCCUAAUCCUAAAUGAAGGAUUUCACAUUUACUCUUAGUAAAUGCCAGCAUGUUCUAUUCAGUUCAUCAUACCCACUUAUUGAGCUAUUUCUGGGUUCUGCUGUCUUACUAUGUAGUGUAAUGAGGAGAAAAAAUUGGACUCAGGAAACAUGAACCAGUAUCCCCAUUUUAAAUAUUUAUUUGUAUUACUUACUUCACAGGGUUGUUAUAAGUUGUUUUUAGUUUUUUAAGUAGUUAAAUGUGAUUAUACAGUUCUUCAGGUCAAUUUCUGCACCUGCCAUAUUAAAAGCAAUUGGAAGUAUUUAAGAGGAUCUGGCCUUUUGUCAGGAUGGGUAGUGAUGAUGUUCAUAUCCUACUGUAGUCCUUACCAUCACAGAGGUUUCAUCACCCUGUAGUCAACUCAGUUAUGAGCCUGUCCACACUUAAAGUAGGCUAAUUGUGCCAGCUGCAUCUUCAAGAAUUCAAGGUCACAGCACCUCAAUGGGAACUGAAGUAUCACUUCACCGCGGCUGCCAAAAAAAACCCACACCCAUGCAUGUUCUCAAGGAUCAUAAAUCCUACUAAGGGAAUGGGAAAUAAAGGGAUCCAGAAAAAAGGAAAGCAUAAUACUUUGAUAAGAAUUCGAUUUUGGAGUCAACACCUGAGCUGAAGGCAAAACAGACAUCUUUUAAGCAUGGAAAAUGUUCAUAAAGGAAAUAAAGGCCAUAAAGGAAAAUGUUCAAUAGGUAAACUAAAGUUAAUAAUUCAGAGCAAAAUUGGCUUAGGUAUAUUGAGAAGCUACCUGCACAGAGCUAAUAAUUAGGUCAGAUGUUAAGGAAUCACCAAGCAGUUAACAGGCUCCAAUGGGUAAGGGAUGGUACUUAUUGGGUGUUAAAACAGUCACACUUAAGGAACAAGAUAAUGAACCUGCCAAAAAAUAGGAUCUGUUACUAGAGGAAAAGCAGGAAAAUGAUGUCACAAAAGCCAAGGGGAAAAUAAAAUUAAAAAAACAAAACAUGGAGUGGGCAAUGUAAAGUUUAGAGUUGGAGGUGAUUACAUCUUAUACUUCAUUAUUAUUCAACAGUUGGCUGGAAGUCAUGAGUUGGACUUGUUUUAAGCGGAGAAACUUGAAAUUUGAAGGUGUUUUGGUCAUCAACUUUAACAUUAAAGGUUCCAGUGAUGAAGACAGAGAUAAGAAUGGAAAGUUCAGGCACAUGCUCAAGUAAAUUAAGAAAAGGAAGAAUCUGGGGGCCAGGAUGAAGUAACCAGAUGUGAAUUUCAAAGGAGACAAGUCUGGUAUAGCAGUUGGAAAAGAACAAGUAUAUUGACUCCUGCUUCAAAGGAGGAAGGAGUGGAGAGAAAAAGCUCCCAGAAUCAUUGAAAGGAUAGCUGAGGAUUUUCAGGAGAAAUCCAGAAGAUGUUAGUUUAAGAGAUUAAUAAUGGAACUGGGGUUGUUUGCAAGAAAAUAGGGUUUUUGAGGCAAAGGUAGGAUAGGUCUGAGCCAGGCAUAGGGAUGAGAGCUAAGAGGCCACAGAGGGAAAAAUUUUUGCUUGGAUCAAAUAACAGACCUCGCCCCUCCCUUCAGGAAGUAAAGUCCACUGGGAAUGAAGCCUGGUUUUGCUCAGUCUGCUCUUUUUUCAGGCUCCUAUAAAUGCUCACUUGUGCUAUGUUUCACAGUAUGCUGAAGCAAGAAGCUGUUUAUUGAAAAGGAGUAAAAACCCAAGACAUGGUAUAUUUGCUUUUCUUCUAAAAGAGCCUUACUUGAUGAGGCUUUCUUUCCUGAGUUUCGCACCAAAAGGUAAGACAAAUGUAAUUUUGUGCUUCAUUUGAUGAACAGUCUGGAUAUCUUCUUCUCCCAAUACCAGCCUUUCUCCUUCCCCAUCUCAGUCCAAAAAUUCAAGCAUUUGGUGUUAUCAUGUUAUCCCAGACCUAGGUCUGUUCCCCACCCAAUUACCAGUACCUAUCCUGAUGUAUGGAGGAUUAAUAAAUUAAUUGUGCUAAAUGGACCCUAUUCUAAAGUUAUCUUUAAUAAAGGGCUCUCUGGAGGUGCCUUAAGAUGUCUCAGGCUUUUUGGAGGUUGGGGAAGGGCUAUCAGACCUUAUUAAGGGUAUUAGUGAAAAGAAGGAGCCCCUACAAUUCAUCUUUUUAAUCACUUCCACAGAAUUAUGUGCUAAUCGUUUAUUGAAUUAAAAGUAUUUCCCACACUAUCAACAUAAAAAAGUAAAAGGGAAUUGGUCAAAUCCAUUAUGAGAGAAUAGGGUGAAAAGGCACAUGAAUGCUCUUCAUUCAAACCAAGAAAUAGAUCAGGAAUUCUUCAAGAUUCCUUUUCUCAAAUAUGUGAAAAUUUCAAGAAAGGGAUCAGGAAUCUCUCAGGUUCCUUUUCCUCAAAUAUGUGAAAAUUUCAAGAAUGUCCCAUGUUGACGGGUCAAGAAUUUUAUAGAUGGUUGGUAUCCCUUUGGUGGAACAAUCCUAAUGAUCUUUACCUCCAUCUGACCCACAAAGAGCAUAAUUUUCAAGGACCAUUACGUGGCAAUCAAUUUUCUUUAAUUAAAAAAAAAAAAAAAAAAACCAGGACUGAAGAAAAUUCUCCAAACUAAAAAAUAAGUGUAAAAACAGAAUGUCUUAAAACCAAGUUCAGAAAAAUAAAAGGAGCAAGUAAAUUCAAAAGUGGUGGGUGUUUUCAAUUAGUAAACUGUAGAAUAUCCUAAAAUGAUUGAAAUUGAGCUUAAAUUACUAACUAGGAAAUGGGCACUUUCUUACAGGAUUUUCUUACGAGUGAGAGAAGUGGGACCAAUCGUCAUGCUGAAGGGGACAAAGUUACAUCCUUAUACUGAACCCCUUGAUGGAGGAUGGGGAUGGAUGAUAGUAUUUCAUUUCUUUCUGGUAAAAGUUUGUGAGAUUAUAAUUUUUACUUUCUACUAGAAUAUCCAAAUUAUGAUCAACUGCUUUACUUUAGCUUCCUGCAGUUGGAACAUGGGGAACAUGGUCCUUUCAAGGAAACAUAAAGGGAUGCUAAAAGGAUAUAGAGAGGAAAAUUAAUACUUUGGCAAAUGUCCAUUCCUGCCUCCCUUCCCUAUGUAUGUAUGCAAGUAUGAGAGUCAGUGGCACAGGAUUACCCAGUGUGGUACACCCACAUUAAAGAGGGAACUCAGCUCUAUAAACAAAACAGAACUGCAGUAGCUCAAAACAAAUGAGAGAUAUGCAAAUUUAGAGAUAUCUCCAUUCCAAAUGUUUGAGUGAACUAUUUGUGUUUGAUCUGUGGCAAAAUCUCCCAAGCUCAUAUUGGUCUGAUCAGCUCCAGCUGGACACAUUGUGCUCUGAUCCCAAUAUGUGAUGUCAUUUUGAGCUUCUUUUAGAGAGAUAACUGACCACCCAUGGUCAGCAGCACCCAUCAUUCUGGAAAGGGACAAAGAGAGUAGCUAAAUUCUCUUCAGAAAGGCAGAUUAAAAUCCAUUGUCAAUAUACAACUAUUUGUAACUUUCUUAACUUUAAAAAAAAUUCUACUGGAAAACUGACCUUUCCUCAUUCUGAGUUUUCCCUUUGUUAAAAAGUAACUAGCCUUCACACUCAGUUCUACAAUUAGUCCCCCUUUCCUUGAGGAGCUUGAAGGAGAAGGAAGGGGGGAGAGGGUCAAGUUGACCCACGGUACAGUGGAAAUAUCCCCCAGACAAGGUUCAUGUCUACCUCUAUCACCUUCCCAUCACUCAUUCUUAGAAUGGUAAUCCUAUACAACCAGACACAAGUCAAGCUUUAUUGCCAUUCUUAAGAACAGAACUUCCUUCAUUGUAUACACUGGGUGAUGGUGCUGGUAGUAAGGAAAUGAAGAGGGGCUCCAAAUAAUUUCCAUUUGGUUUUAGAUUGAGUCAGAAAAUAAAAUAAUGCGUAGGCCUUCAGGUUGAAUCUUUUUCAGCUCAGUCUAAUAGGGAGCAAACUACAUGUCUUAUUGUGCAGUCAUGUCUAAUUCUUUAUGAUACCAUUUGGGGUAUUUGUGACAAAGAUAUUGAAGUGGUUUGCAAUUUCCUUCUCUAGCUCACUUUACAGAUGGAAAAACUGAAGCAAGAAGGUUAAGUUACUUGCCCAGAGUCACCCAGCUAAAUAAUUGUCUAAGCCCAUAUUUGAACUCAGAAAAAUGGGUCUUUUUGAUUCCAAGUCCAGUGCUCUAUCCACCACACCACUUAGCUGCUAAUAAUGUAUCUAGGAAGUAAAAAAGUGUUCAUAGUGGAGACCAGAAUUUACAAUUCGUGGCAAUAACCAGUCAGCUGUCAUAUCUAUCUCUCUUGAGGGAAAGGAAAUGGCCCCCAAAAUCAGUAGCAGGACAGAUAUUCCUUGGCUGGAGUUCAUUCAAUGCAUCCUAUUAAGUUGACAAUAAGUGCUAGCCAGCAUUGUGCCAGUACUUGAAAAUAUUAAAGUGAGCCAAUUUCAGUCUCUAUAUUCUAUCGGAGAGAAAAGUGUCCAGAAAUAUAGGACACACACAAUAUAAAAUGCAGAUUUCACAAAUAAUAUACCGUAAUGAGGGCAGGGACAAUCAGGAAAGGCACUUUGGAGAAGGCAGCACAUAAGCUGAGCCAGAAGAGAAGAAGACUAAGGUUGGGGACCACUCCAGGCACAGAAGCUAAAGAUGAUGUCAUGAGAAGCAUCAAUAAGGUCCCUUCUCUGCAGCACACAGGCAGUGUGUGCAGCAAGUAAAGUAUAAUCAACCUGGAUAGUCCAGAAUCAGUCUCUGAAGGGUUUUAAAUGCUAGAAGCUGUGGAAAGCUUCUUAAGCAGGUGUCUGGUCAAACUUGUACUUCAUUUGGCAGCUGGAGGGAAGGAGGACCAUUUGGAGAGAUGAAAGAACCUGGGAGGACAAAAAAAGUAGACUAUUGCUACAUAGUCCAGGAAGGAGCCAGUAAGUCAGAGACUCACAAAAUGCUUGGGAACCACAAGAUUGUUUCUGUCCUUUGUUCUCGAAGAGGACCUUAACAUCAGGAAGAUGAUGCUGUGACAUGCAAAUGAGUGGGACUGAAGUGAGGGAGGCUGUGCAAGAUCACCAGCCUCGCUUUCUCCUCAGCAGCCCUCUGGGUCCAGGGACCAGAUACAACUCAGGAGGACUGGAGGUGGCCCUAGAUGCAGUAGGAGAUCCUGGCCUUUUGAAGCUAAGGUCUUUAACAGGCUUCAGUUUGAUUGAGGCAGCACCUACUUGGUGGUUAAGACUAGGUAGGAAUUGAGGCAAAGAAUGAUUUCUUUUACCUACUCAAAAAAACCUCAUCUGGGACAAUAGAUCCUCAAGAUUGCUGGCCAAAAUAGAAACAACUGCCUUUAGAAGAAACCAGAUGCCAAAUGCUGAUUUCACUUUUUCUUCUCUAGAGGAGAGAGAUUUUAUUUUCAACAUGAGAUGCUACAAAGUAACUUCAUAAACUGCAUAAUUCCAACUAAAAAACUUGAGAAAGUACUCUGUCGUUCCUCUCCGCCCCCCUCCCCAUGCCUUUUUUUUUUUUUGUCAUAUUGAAGGCUUAAAAUUAGGCUACUUGAAAAAAUACUUUCCAGGAAAACUUUUCCAAAGGCAUAUAAUUGUUUUUGACAGUAAAAUCACUUUCAUGAUACCCAGAAUUUUUAAGGAGAUCGCUAACCUCAUUUUCAGAUGAUUACCACCAUUAAUUUGUGUCUUGGUGCCAUAUUUCAGAUUAUGUUAGGAAUGCUCUUUCUGGGCUUCUCCAGCCUGAGAAUCAGGCAGGGAAGCAAUAUGUCAAAACAAAACAAACCAGCAAUGGAAAAUCAGGAAAUAUGUCACAACUAUCAACAUCAAAAGAAAACUGGCUUCUUGCUAAGUGUCCUAGAAAUCACAUGGGGGAGGGGGGGCAGAGCACAACUAUAACGUUUUAGUCCUCCUUGACAUCUCUGCAGUAUCUGAUACUCAAAAUAUGUUUUCUAAGAUGACUGGACCCAGCUCAUCCAUCAUCUAUCCAAAAUUGCCAGGCAGCUCAACUUUAUACGCAAAAUCUAUUCAAGAAUGCAUGUUAUGGUCUAGCUAAGAGAUGUUCUUCGGGGCCUUGAGGCUCAAAAAGAAGCCGGUGUUAGAGAUGUAUACCUGAGAGUCACCUGCACAAAGUUAAUCUAAAUUAUGGAAGUGAAUGAGAUUCUCCUAAGAAAGAACUAACAUUAUGAAGAAGAACUACCUUAAAAGAUUAGGGAUAAUUGUGAAUUGGAGGUUGAAAGACCAUACUUGGAAUUCCCUUUUUUAAAAAAGAUUCUGAGAAAGGAACUGGAAGGUGAUUCUAAGCUCUAGAAUACUGUGGUUCUACAACAGCUUUAUGAAGCAGAUGGUCAAGUCCUUUUCCUUGGGAUGGUUAUAAACAUUUUACAUAUAAACAUACCCUAGUCUUACAAGGCCUUCACAAUGCAGCUCCAACACGCUUUCUUUCUUUCCUCACUUUAUUUCACAUUCUGAAUCCCAGCCAAACUGCACUAUAUAGAGUUUGAUCCCAUUCAAUCUUUUUAUUUCCCUUCAAGGUUCCAUUUAUGUGCAGGCUCUCCAUGGAAUCUUGCAUAAUUCCACACAAGCUAAGAUAACCCCAAUCUUCAUUCUGGGUUGAAUCAGUUUUUCAACAGUUUUCAACACACACAGUACCCAUUCCUAACUCUUAUAGUGUGACCUCUUUGUGGACAGGCUGUUUUCAUCUUCUAAGGACAAGUUGGAACUUAAUAAGUGUAUGUCAGCUUAGAAGCGUAAGUCAUCUUAGAAAUCAUGUUUGAAUAUCUGAUACUGUAGAGAUGUCAAGGAGGACUAAAAAAUAAUGGCCAAGUGAGAGGGAUGGAAGCCAAAUUUCAAAAAAGAUAGUGAGGAAGUAAAGGCAAUCAAAUGUAGUCUUUAAAAUACCUGAUAGGGGCAGGUAGGUGCUACAGUGGAUAGAGCACCAGCCCUGUAGUCAAGAGGACCUAAGUUCAAACCUGGCCUCAGACAUUUAACAAUCCCUGGCUGUAUUACCCUGGGCAAGUCAUUUAACUCCGAUUGCCUCAGCAAAACAAACAAACUGACAGUGAAGGGGAAUAAAAAAAUGGAUGCUAGCUGUAAAAAAACAGAAGGGUCAAAAAAGAAACUAUCCAAUUUGAGGAAACCUAGCAGAUGAAAAGAUCCAUAAUUUUUGGAAUCAUAACUUGGGAGACAAAAUGGGUUCAAGUGCACAGGUAAGGUAAUUCAACCCAUUCUUUUGGGGAAGUUUUGAGACUUCUCACACUCCUUUCUAUCUACUCCAGUUUAUCAAUGUCCUUCCCUAAAACAUGGCACCCAGAAUUUGAAUCUUUGGCCACAGGUAAGGAAACACUUUUCCCAAGAUGUUCAGGAAGCUUUUAUGAGGCAUCUGUGACAGAGAUAUAAAAUCUCAGCAUUCAAAGCUACUUGAGAGAUGACCUAAUCCAACCUGUAACUGCACAAGCCAUAUGCUAUAAAGUGGGAGGAACAGGAAUGGGAUUCAAAAUUUUGAGGAAAGAAAAAGUUUGAUGAAAUCACAUUAGGGAAAGAGAUCUUGAAAUAUUAGAAAAAAAUGCUUAUGUCCCCAAGUCUACUCAGAGAAACAUCCCCAGCUUCUUCAACCCAUUUUAUGAGACAACUGAAUCUCUUCACUAUCCUGGCUGGCCACCUCUCUCUCCCAAUAAUGCUUCAAAGAUGAAUAAAAACAAUUUAGUAAGUUUUCAGGGAGGAUUUCAAUUUCCUGCCAAACUCUUUAGUUUUAAUCUUCAUUGAAGAUCGUUCUCUUUGGUGGAGGAAACAAAAACAAAAAAUGGGUCCCUACCUAACAGAAUCCUUACUAAGCAUACCUUACUAAUCAAGGCUUAUAAACGUCUUAUUUCCCUAGGUGCUUAAUUAUUACACCCUUUGUCACCUAGCUACACAGACUAGGUCCUUGGCACAAUUUCAGUGUUGUGCAAUUUCCUACUCAUGUGCCCAAGGCUACAACCCUCCUGGAGAUCCACAUUAGAAAAGUACAGCAAAUCUGCCAAUUGACAUUUGUCCUUAUUGCCACUCCCUUCAGGUUUAAGAACGGUCUGUUGUGUCCUUGCCAGUCUGACACCUUAUGUUUCAUUGGGCACUUGCACUAAGGACUCUUGGCAUUAACCUGUUUAAACUAACAGUCAUUAUUUAUUACUGAGAAAGAUUCUCAUCCUAUCAGUUAAUUAAGGUGGCCUUAUAUUGACAGAAAAGGAAUUCAUUCUCAUUCACUCCACAUCUGGGCCAUUGAGAUCAGCAGAAUACAAGUGGGAACAAAAAACUGACCCACACUUGUUUGAAGAGCAAGCAUUCUACAAAAGGGUUUGCAAGCAGUCCUCUUCAGUGAAGCAAGUCAUCUUCAACCAUGGAUACUUUAGAGAGAUCUCUAAUACCUAGAACCAAACAACAGGAAGCAUCUGGAAAAAGUCUAAAUAUAUGAUCCCGGAUUUUUUUUUUUUUAAGCAGCAGGACCAGGACUUGAACACAGGCCUUCUAGUUCCAGGCCUAGUACUCUGUCUUGCUACACAACAGAACAGAAUAAUUAAUGAGAAAAAAAGGGGGAACAACUCCAGGAUCUUGGUCCUGGACCUAAAGAUGAUGUACAAUUCAAAGACCAUUUGGGCUGUGCUAUGCCAAGUUAAUAGGAAGACAGCAAUAAAAUGAGUCCCACUCUUGAGCAGUUAGAUUUUUAGUAAGGGAAAAUGACAUAUAUGAAGCUAAGAGUAUGCAAAAGACAGGAUAAAAUAAAAUGGGAGUUUGGGGGAUGAGGCAGAACGGCUUCCAGUGGGGAUAGGGGAAAGAGGAACAUGGGGAGGGGAAGGGAGAAGGGGAGAGAUUAGGAAUAGAGUCCACAACUUUUACCCACGUUUAAACCUCCAUAGGACACUACCCUUUCCUGAUCUUUCUUGCUGUUAUGAUUCUCCACUUUUUUUUUUUUUUUUUUUAUAGCUUUGGCCCCUAUCAGUUUGUCUCGCCAUAAUCCUCUGGGAUGACACUUCCUUAGAAUCAGACAUUGCUACCAAAGUUCCUCCAACUCAAGCUUUCCUUCUCUGGUAAAUAGAGCUACCUGCUAGGACAGACACAAUCAAGACCCCCAAAUAAGACUGCUCUUAUUUGUAUUCGUUUGUUUUACAUGGUUAUCAGUGGGUAUCCCUUACACCCCCUCUAUAAGCAGAAGAUGAGGCAAGAUUCAUUUUCACCUUUGUGUUCCUAGAGCCGGGUACAGGGCCCUAGCCACUGUUUAAUAAUUGAAGGGGUAAGAGAAUGUGGUUGAGCCAGGAAGGAAAGGAAUUAUCUCCUGUAUUCAAUAAUUUCCAUCUAGUACCUUACAGUUUACACAGCAGUGGCUGGUACAAAUAUCAUCUUAGAAGCAGGAUCCCAUAGUGGAAUGACAGACCUGAAAUCAGACUUACGACUGAAUUUUGCCUCAGAUACUCUAAUACUGGGAUCUCUGUGACUAAAGGUAAAUUACCUAAGUGCUUUGUGCCUCCGUGCCUGAAAUACCUACCAAUGUAAAGACCAAACAAGAUAUAGUAAAGCACUCUACACAUCAGUUUUCAUUAAUUUUAUAGAUUGAUAAACAGACUCAAAGGAAUGAAAUAUGCCUUUCCGGCCAGCCAAUCUUGCUUCUGUUCGACCAUCACAAGCGUCCACAAUGUGACUUGGGCAGGGGUAAAUUCUUUUGAGGAGCCAUUUGUUAGAAGAAGGGAGUGAUGAGGUGAUCAGUAUUCUAUUCUGUGUUAAGGUACUGAGAUGUCUUCUCAAAGACACUCUGGGAAAAACAGAUGAAGUCUACAAAGUUACUGAUCCUGGUUCAAAGAGAGGAGAGGUUGUCAUUUAGCCUGCAAGAAGUGAACAUUCCACACCCAAAGAAAGUCACCAUCAGCCUUUAUGGGUAACAGAAACCAGACUCAGAAAUCUAGAGUGAUAACAAUUUACUUCCUCUUCUAGUUAUUCUUCUAGUCUUGUUCUUUUGGGGGACAAAAAUGUGGUUUACCCCCCAAAAGUGUACUAAACAAGGGGAAAGGAACUCUAGCCAACUUUGAAGAGAAAGCUUGUACUAUGCAUGGCCAAUUUCCAGUCUGUGCAGAAAAGAGGUCAUUGUAGAACAUGGUGGUUUAAUAAGAUACAUUCACUUCCCCGCUCACUCUCAGAGCUCUAAGAAUUCCAAGAUAAAGCCAGAAUGAAAUCAGUCAGAGCAGUGUUCAGCAGCUGAUACAAUGUUAGCAGGUCUAUUAUUCCCCAUUUAGCUCAGCAGACACAAGGCCUUGAGGGAAUAAGUAUUGAACCUCCCUGGAAAGGGAGCCCUUCACCAGGUAACAAUUUGGACUCUGGAUCAACAUCAUCUUUGGGCUAAAUACCAUUCUCUCUUAAAAGAUAUUUGGAAAGGGAUUCCUCUUAUCUUAGAACUAAGCAAGAUGAAAAACAAAUACUUAGGGUUAAUUCACAAAAAUCAAAAUAACAUCUCUCAGAGACCCAAGGCAGAAACUAUCAUAUAAUUUACACGCAGGAAUUGGCCCUCAAAGUGCCCCAGAUCCAGAGCUGGAAGGGAUCUCUGAGAUCACACAGAGUGCAGGCCUCUCAUUUUACAGAUAAGAAAGCCGAGACGCGUAGGCCUCUGCCCCAAGUUACACAGCCAAGUCACUAGUACCUCUCGGACUGUCCCUACAUAGUUCUGCUUUUCACCAAGGCAGGUGAGCGAUUUAAUGAUGGGGGAACAAGCUGAGAGCUAACCCUCUACAAGUAUCAGCUGGAGCCAUCAAGAUCCUGGACCACUGUGGAGCUGGAGGGCAAAUGUGAAAUCUGAACCCGAUUCCAAAGGCUGCAUAUAAGGCCCCCAGAGCCGAGCUUGAAGCCUACAGCUCUUUCCACUUACACGCUGUGAUUUUAUCUGAGUUUUCUUCAGGAUAAAACACCAGCAUCUCCUCCUACUGCCUCUCAUGUGAGCUCUACCGUCCUCCGCUAGGGACCACCUAACAGCAAAGUCACUAACCUGAACUCUCUGGUCUGCUUGGAUUUAGGUGAAUAUGCUUCUAAUGGGAAUGACCAAAAACUUUGCCAUUUUCUUCGUGGUGUUUCAAGAAGAAUUUGACAGCACUUCAGAGCAGAUCGGCUGGAUUGGCUCUUUACUGUCCUCGGUCCGCUUCAUAGCAGGUAGCAGACAAGCCUGUUUCAGAGAGUGGGUGCCCCAAACCAGCCACCGAGGCUGAAGGAAGACAUUGGGCAAGGUUCCCUUGACCUUGGAACCUUUACCAAAAUUCACUCUGACUGCUCAGCACCCAGUUCCUUCAAGGAGAGUCUUCAUCUACAUUCUAUUGAGUGCCUAAUUACAGUGCAGACCCAACUUCCAAAAUUAAUGAUUAUAUAUCUUUCUUAAACCCUGCAAAUCCCAUAGCAUUAGCAUGGUUUGGCAGGCUGGACAUCAUCAGGUCAAAUAUUCAAGGUCUAUUCCAUAAUACAUUCAUGGGCACACCAUGGAUGCAACUAUCCUCCCCUACCCAUCACUCACCACCUUAAUUCCAAUAGAUGGACUGAAAGCUGAAACACAGCAAACUGACUCACAUUUUUCUGCUGAAGUACUUUAAAAUGAAUUUUCACUAUACUAGUCAUCCCAACUUCACUAGCAUCUAACACGAUAUGAGUACCCCUUAGAUAUAAAGAGGAAGGGCAGAAAAUGCUAUGGACUUUCUAUUAAUAAAAAGACAGCUUAAUGGGCUGUCCUGACACUGGUGAUUCACCUUUUAUCCCCAAAUAUUCUGAAGAUUGCCUUUCAGCUUCAACUUCUCCUUUACUAAAAUAAAUCCUUAUUCACCUUCUUGAACCCUCAUUUCCAUUCAAGCUGUUAUCUCCUCUCCCUUUUGUCUUUCCUUAAAUACUAGAGCUUUCCAAAACACACUGGCCAACAGAUUGUUAGAACACUUCUCCUAUACAUUCCUUUAUUCUAUUAUUACUUCUAUCUCUCAUUGCUCUUGGUCUCUCCUAACAUUUUUACAAAGCCACCUCUCCCAGGCUAUUACCCAAAUGAAGCUUCAAAACUCAUAUGCUCCCAAUUAAUCGUCCUUUUGGUCUACACAUUCUGAAAUUCAACUGGGUCCAUCAGAUAACCCAGAAAAACUGUCCAUUUUUUAAGUGGUAGGCCUUAACUUUUCCUUCAAACCUUCUUCAUCUUAGAAAUCACAAAAUAACAAUGGUGCUGGAAACUCUCCUUCCUCAUUUAUGCUAUAAAGUUUGACAUCUGUUGUCUUAGUUUCAAGAAUAACCUUUCUUUUUCAAGUCUCAUUCCCUUUUCCUAAGGUCCACUGGCUGCCAUAUUCUGUGAAAAAUUAGGAGAGAAAUCUACAUCCAUUUUUGGUGCUCUCCUUAUUUGCACUGGAUAUUUGAUCAGCAGCUUGGCCACAGGCAUCUCCUUCCUCUGUAUAUCUAUGGGACUUCUACCAGGUUUGGGCUCUGCUUACGUAUACCAUGCAGCUACUGUGAUAACUGCUAAAUAUUUCAAAAAACGACUGGGCCUUUCAAUGGCUAUUGCUCGUUCAGGGAUGGGGCUGACAUUUAUGCUGGCACCUCUCACAAAAAUCUUGAUUGAUGAAUAUGACUGGCCGGGUGCCCUUCUACUACUUGGAGGGAUCUCAUUAAAUUUAGUGCCCUCUACUAUGCUCUUAAGACCGAUCAACCUUAAAAAGGAAAAGCCCAUGGCUACCGGAAGUCCGGAUGCAGUAAGACCACUGGAAGUUCUAGCCAGCAACUAUGAAGGGCAGUCUCCCACUGAAAAGUGUUUAGUCAAUAAGGAUGGACGAACUGGUCAAGAGGCAACAAGCUCGGGAUACCAAGAGGAUGACGGAGAGGUCUUUAGCAACAAGCCUCGUUUUGGAGACAAAAAUGCCGUCCCAUGGACCCACCAGCUUCAUCUUGAUUUCUCUCUAAUUAAGAAUCCUUUGCUUUACCUAUUCACCUGGUGCUUUCUCUUCAGCCAGCUAGCGUAUUUCGUCCCUACGUUCCAUCUGGUAGCCAGAGCUAAAACUCUGGGAAUCGACACUAUGGAUGCCUCCUAUUUAAUUUCAAUGGCUGGAUUCACAGAGACCAUCCUGCAUCUGCUGUCCGGAUGGGUCGCUGACCAGAAGUGGAUCAAUAACUAUCAUUGCUACAAGGCUUACCUCAUCCUCUGUGGCAUCACCAACCUGCUUGCACCUUUAGCCACCACAUUUCCUCUACUCAUGACCUACUCCAUCUUCUUUGCCAUUUUCUGUGGCUCUUAUAUGGCGCUCAUAGUCCCUGUAAUGAUUGAACUUGCUGGGACUUCUGCACUAAAUAAAUUGUUGGGAUUUACUGUCUUUUUUGCUGGACUGGCUGUUCUUUCUGGACCACCAAUAGCAGCAGACAAGGGAGAAUCAUCAGGCAUCAACCUGGUCUUUAACUCAACUCAAAUGACACAAUUGACUGGGAAGGUUUUUGUUGAACAGCAGCAAUCAAGUCUGUGGCUCUUAUCUCUACUCUAAUGUUAAAAUAUUAAAGAAGCAGCAAAAAUAUUAAACCACUGACUGAAUCGGUCUUUCUAGCAGGUACUGAACAUUUUAAGACUUGUCUUAAGAACUGUGUGACAAAAUGUCAGAAAUAAAGUCAGAGAUGGAUCUUUCCACUUCAGUGCAAGUUACAAAAAAUAUUCUCUUUCCUGCUCAGGUCUAACUGAAAUAUAUGACUCUCUUAGUGCCUUCUAUCUCUUUAUAUAAUAAGACUGCUACAGAAGACAACUUUUCCCAGGAAUCCUCAAUCUGAACACCUACUGGUUAAUUGCUUACCAGAAAAUUUAUUUCUCCCUUCCUGGAUAAGUGAAACAAGGGGGAAAAAAAAGUUAAUUCUUUAUUACUUGUUUUCAAUUCAAUUCAGGCCAACAAAGAGUGUGAGGAAAUUUUAAAUAGAACAUAACUGCCUUUACUCCAUUUUAAAGUCCAAGUAUACUCACAUAUGCUUUCAAGUAUUUAUAAAAAUUAUUUCACGCAUUUCUUUAUUAUGGAUGUAAGACCAAAAAGUAGAUAAAUUCAUAAUUAGAACUUAACUGAAAUUUGCUGAUGUCUGAGUACUGCAUAAGUACCUCACAGAAUAAAAAUGAAUUUGACAUUGUUCACCAUCAACCUUUCCAACCCCAAAAAGUUACUGUGAUUUCUGUCAGAUCUCAGUAAUACACCAAGGAGACCUCCAAGAAGUUUGGCUCAGUAUGAUCCCAGCUUGAAGCAGAUUUCCUAGACCCACCCUGGGUUAAUCCCAAGAUUGCCCUUAUGACUUGAACCAUGUCAGAAAUAUCCUUUGUAGUUACCCAAACUUUAUCACUAGGUUCUGCUACCUGAGAUAAUUUUUUAAAUUUCAAUGCUCAAACUUCAGAACAUUUUCUUUGAUUAUUAAUCUCAUCUCAAUGAGUCUUUUGAUUUAGGGAAAUCUGAAAGAAAUUCUAAUACCCUUAACAAACCUGAGCAGGCUAUGAAGCAAAUAGUCCUCAAAUCCUAAAUACAAAUACAAAGCAAAAAAAUGAAAUGACUUACCUUCAAUUCUUCAUGAUCCAUCUACAAUGCAUGACUAAUCUUUAAACUGCUAAAAGCUCAAAUCUGUUAAAUUGUCCCAUCAAGGAUUGGAAUUAAAACUUACCUGUCAAUAAAGUACAAAAGUAAGUCGUUUUUCCCCAAUUCACUUUAUGGUAUCACACAAAAAUUAGAUUAAUAUGCACCCUCAUCUUUUAAAGGUUUUUUUUUUUCUUCCUUCUAAAAUAUUCUUUAAAAAAAAAUUCACUCAUAUUUUUGAGCCUGAGCAAACCCUUAGAGAAGGAACAAUGCAGAAAUGCAUACAGUGACUCAGCAAGCUGCAUUUACCACAGAUUUUAAUUAUCAAUAACAGUUCACUCAAAUAUCUAGAACUAUGAAUUACAUGUGGAAUUUGCUCUUUUAAGAAGUGUUGGGUUUCCCACUCAUUAGAAGUGUUGAAACAAAAGGCUGGCUAUUCAUAUAGUAGGCAUUUUGUAGAGGAAAUUCUUUUGGGGGUUUAUCUGGACUAAAAUUACUAAUGGCCCUUUCCAACCCUGAAAUUCUGCAAUUCAUCAAGUGUUAUCUCCUCUAUCUAAUGAUGCAAGCUUAAGACCUUAAGGCACUUAAACUUUCUCCUUCCAUUUUUUAUUUUAUCUUUCAGAUGGGUGGAAUUUUUGUAUUUUUUUCUAAAACAGAUCCACAAAGGUUAAAUGACUUAUUCAGUCCAUAGUGGAAUUCAGGGCAACUUCUAUAUUAGAAUCCAGUUUCCAAAGUGAGUAAUUACAAAUUGACUAUAAUCUCAGGUAGCUCCCUAAUUCUGAUAUAGUUACCUGGGUUUUUAAUACUACUUCUGCCACACUAGCCAGGUAACCAAGGGGUGAGCCAAUUUCUCUUUUGGACUUCCUCACCAUCCAUAAAAUAAGAGGGUUGGCUAAGGUCCCCUUCAAGCUCCUUCUAGAUAGGACAUUCUGUGACUUGGGGAGAACACAUUAAUCACGGCAACUCCCUAUGAAAUGCUAGCAAAAUGAAACUUUGCUCUCUAUCACCCUCCUCACGCCUUGGAAUAUUAGAACACUUUUAUUCAUAUUCAAGAAUUUCUAUUAACCCUAACCUCUCUCCGGUUCCACACAGACACAGUUUCACCAGUUUUAACCAGCCACCUGAGACUUGCUUCCAGAUACUGAUCACUAUGUUAAGUAGCUAAAUUUCAAAGAGAUUCACUGUUUUUGUCUGAUGUUCUUAAUCUUUUGAAACCCAUUUUUCCUGAUCUCCAAAUGGGUGAAGGGUAAGAGGGACAGACGGCUUACACAUGUGCCCACCAGACACCACCACAAGGCACCUAUUGUGUCCUGUAGCCGCAAAAGACAAACUAUAAAUUAUUUUAUUUACAUCAAAUUGUUCUUGUAACAUAUCUAAACCCUGUAAGCUUCUAUUUAACUCGACUGUCCCUGAAGUUCAUGAGACCCUAAAUCAAAAAACAAAGUAUACCUCCAAAGAGCCUUUAACUUUUCCUUUUGGACAAGAACAGAUCUUACUGUGAGGAGGAGAGGGAGUUCCUUCUACCAACAAGAAAAAGAAACUUCUCAGGAACUUUUAGCUUCCUGGGAUUACCUGGGGCACUGAGAGGCUCACCUGGCCAGUAAGUAAUAGAGGGAAGCCCAGAGCACUCUGACCUAAACAGGGAGACACCCCUUCUCCCUUAAAAUGUCACGUGCUUAAAUGAAAUAAACUACUAAAAUGGGCUGGGAAGAGAAUCCAGUGGGAAAUAUGGAUGAUUUAAAAACAUGAUAUUAACAACAAAUUGUUUUUAAUAAAGCAUCAAACACACACACAAAGAUAAGCCUUCCACAGGUGUGUCAAGGGUUGGGGGGGAGGUUAACCAGGAACUUACAAGCUUAAUACCUUCCAGGAAAGAGGCAGGUAUAUCUUUCAAGUGAGGGGCUUUUCAGUUUAAAUUGAAGAUGUAAGAGAAGAGGAAUAGAAGAGUUCUCUCCCUGUGAGUUUUAGGACAGCUCAGUCCAACACAACACAAUUCAAGAGGCAUUUAUCAUAUUCAAGGUACUGCCAAUGCCCAAGGCUCUAGGGAAUCCUGCAGCCAACAAUUAAUGAAAAGGAUUACUCAAUUAAGGCUUGGUAAAAGCAUGGGUUGAGUCUGUCCUUGAGGACUUCUCUUGGGGACCCUGGGCACACCGAUGUUUCCAAAAGCACUCAGAGCACCUCACUUUCAGAGCUGUGAAGCAGUGUUUUACUAUCAAGACUUACAACAUCCUGGACUCGAAAUAAGAGUUCUUUUAUCUGACUGAGCCUUAAAACAACAGGGUCCAAGGCCUAUAGCCCUCAACAGAAAUAAGCUGGGCACGGUCACUGUCCUGCAUAUUGCCUCUGUGGGAAACCAGAUGCUACCCUCCAGGUGGCAGAAAUUAGCUUGUUUUCUGGGCAGAGGCAGCUUGCCUAGUGCAUCGUGGACGCUCAAAACACAUCCCUACUAGCAUGAGUCCAGUCUGAAACAGGACUGAUCAUGUCACCUUCUGACCCAUAACUCAAACUCUGUAUAUCUAAAUCUCUCACACAUCUCUACUCUGGAUUUCCUAACAAUUUAAAAGCUUCUAGAGUAACAGUUCAUUGCCAUUGUCUAAUGGUCUGAAUAUUCUGGGGAAAAAAAAGGGGUGUCAAUGGCAUUCCUGAUCCUUCUGAUACAUCGGUCAAAUUGAUCUUACAUUUCAUUAUCUGGCUAGACUUGGCAGGCCACAAAGUAGUUCUCAACUUGCUAUUGUGAGCAGCCAAGUCUAGAAAAGUUGAGAGACCUCAUUUAUUAAACGAGACAGUGCACCAAUAUUUCUGUUUAAGCCCUUUUUGACACAGAGCUUUCUGACACACACCUAUUGCUACAUUAAAUAGCAUUUCAUCUUUACUUAGUCUUUGCUGGUAAAAGUCAAUACUAAUCCAAUAGCUGGUGCCUAAUUCCUUCUUUCCUUCUCCAUCAUCUUUCUUUUUUCUUCUCAAUCACCUUUAUUAUCUCUAUUUUUAAACUAUAUUUAAGAUAUUUCUUUAAAAUCUAACUGCUCUCAAGUGCACAGACCAGAGAUUGACAAACAAUCUUUAUCUCAAGAUCUACUUUUGAUUCUCCCAAAAUUUUAAGGUCACCAAAUAUGGAGGAAAGUGGGUACUUUGGGGGUAUGGGAUGGUGGCAACCAGAUGGGAUGCUGACCACAUCAUAAAGUUUUCAAUUCUUGCCUCUUCUUGACCAGAACCUUCUUGAAAUAGCUCCUCCUUCAAUCAUAUGCUGUUAUAUUUGUAUGUCAUUUUCAAAAUUAAAUUUCAUUUUUUUAAACUCCAAAUUUUGCCUUAAGAUUUAUUUGUGUUGAAGUCUAUGUGAAAUGCCAAAUAAAUCAAAUUAAAUUAAGUUCCUAAGGGUAUAUGACUGAAGGAUGGUACUGCUAUUUCAAGAAGGUUCUGGUCAAGAAGAGUCUUACUUUGGGACAGUCUUCUUCACAGAAAUUUCUC